CCGGCGAGGUCUGGUGGGAAACUUAGUUCGUCUCCGUGAAUCUGUCAAGGAAGUGAUAGGUUAUUUUCUACAAAGUGUUGUGUUUAUUUGAAUGUUUUUAGGCUUUUAUUUUUGUGAUUAGUUGUAAGUGAAGGGUGUGUUUAGGCUCUGCUGUUGUGUAAUGCUAUUCCACGACAAGUAGUCAUCUUGGCAUUGCUGUACUACUGUAGCGUCUUUGGUUAGAUUCUGACUUCGGCCGUUCAACUAACUACUGCAAAUUCAAAUCCAUGAUGCCAGAUCUACCUGUUGUAUUAAAUUUAACCAAAACUCUACGAACAAAAAAUAACCUUCAAAUUAAUUGUCAUGUUUUAAAAUAAAAACUUUGGUUAAAUUUACAGUGCGUUUAAACUUGGUUGUGAAGUUUUGUGCUUUGUUUUGGUGUUAUGUCAACAUAAUUCAUUUUGUCCUAAUGGGAAAUUAAUUACUAUGCUUGAUUGAACGUGAGUUGACGUUGAGUUGUGGGGGCAGUUGAGUUGCAGUUGAGUGUGAUGCCAACAGGUAAUUCAAUUAUGCCAGUUGCUUUCUGUUUCCUGCCUGUGUAAGGUUUCUCUGCGGUAACGGUGUCGUCAGCUGUGGCCGGGGGAGGGGCGAUCGGAGGCACCAGGUUGGCGUCGCCGUGGGCAGGAGGGGGCCAGGGGGGCCCCCUGGGGGGGGACGGGUCGCAGUCGUCGGCCGACUCGUCAACGAAGGGGGGCGCCGGUGGGCCACCCAUCCAACAGCCGCACCACCUGGACGUCGGCGACUGCGACGAUGACAAGGAGUUGGCGGCCGCGGAUGCCGAGGGCGUCUGGAGUCCCGACAUCGAGCAGAGCUUCCAGGAGGCGCUGGCCAUCUAUCCGCCCUGCGGACGCCGCAAGAUCAUCCUCUCCGAUGAGGGCAAGAUGUAUGGACGAAACGAGUUGAUAGCGAGGUACAUAAAGCUGCGCACUGGGAAGACGAGAACGAGAAAGCAAGUGAGCUCCCACAUCCAGGUGCUGGCGCGGAGGAAACUGCGAGAAAUACAGGCAAAGUUGAAAGUGGUGGUGCCGCAGGACCAUGCUGCCAAGGAGAAGGCGCUGCAGACAAUGUCGUCGAUGUCGUCUGCGCAGAUUGUGUCGGCCACCGCCAUUCACAACAAGGCAGCCGCCGCUUCACUCGCCUCGCUCGGCCUGGCGCCGUCGCCCGCCUCCUAUCCUGCUGCUUUUUGGCAACCCGGCUUACAAGCGGCUGGAACAUCGCAAGAUGUGAAGCCGUUCUCGGGAGCAGCCGCCUACAAGCCGUCGACAGCCGUGUCGGGGGGCCCAGUAGGGGGUGGUGUGAGUGGGGGUGAGUUGGGGGGUGCCCCCCCACCACCGCCCUGGGAGGGCCGAGCCAUAGCCACGCACAAGCUAAGACUGGUCGAGUUCUCGGCCUUCAUGGAGCAACAGCAUACACAGGAGCCAGACACGUACCACAAGCACCUGUUCGUGCACAUUGGGGGCGGCGCCGCCUACACAGACCCGCUGCUGGAGGCGGUCGACGUGCGCCAGAUCUACGAUAAGUUCCCCGAGAAGAAGGGCGGCCUCAAGGAGUUGUACGACAAGGGCCCGCAGGCCGCCUUCUUCCUCGUCAAGUUCUGGGCCGACCUCAACACCAACAUACAGGACGAGACGGGCGCCUUCUAUGGUGUCACUAGCCAAUACGAGAGCAACGAGAACAUGACGAUCACGUGUUCGACGAAGGUGUGUUCGUUCGGCAAGCAGGUGGUGGAGAAGGUGGAGACGGAGUACGCGCGCUUCGAGAACGGCCGCUUCGUUUACCGCAUCAACCGGUCGCCCAUGUGCGAGUACAUGAUCAACUUCAUCCUCAAGCUCAAGCAUCUGCCAGAAAAGUACAUGAUGAACUCCGUACUAGAGAACUUCACCAUACUACAGGUUGUGACCAAUCGCGAAACACAAGAGACCCUGCUGUGCACGGCGUAUGUGUUUGAGGUGUCCACAUCGGAGCAUGGAGCACAACAUCACAUCUACAGGCUCGUCAAAGACUAGGCACUGCCUUUGUGUGUGUGAGUGUGUAUGGUGAACUAUGCAACUGACGAGAUGGCCAGUCAUCUCUCUCACUCUCUCAGCUACCUAUUGCACUAGAUCAAAGUCACUCUAACAAACAUGUGACAAAACUGUUUUAAAGAUUUGUAACACAUAACCUUGAAAACAAAAUUUUAGAGUUAAAAUCAGAUGCUGCUUUGCUUAUGGUCCUAAGGCCCUUAUGCUCAAUAGCAUUUCAGUUAAAUUACGAGUUUAAAUAAUAAUCUGUUUCAUUUGUGACACAGUUUAAUAAAUUCUAUUCUCCAUUCAAUCCUAGAUUUAGUUGAAGUUUGAGUGAACUGCUAUAGAGCAAACAGGCCUGAGGCCCCUAUGCAGAUUCUUGGAUUCGAACGGAGAAAUGUCAGCUGUUCGUUUUAAAUCCACAUUAUGAUAAAUGCAACCAUAUCUGCUAGUGAACGUGGUUUAGUGUUAUCAUAUGACCCUUAGAUUGAUAACUGGUCAACUCUGGCCAGAAUGAGAUCCUGGUAUCAUUGAAAACGUAGUUUCUACUACAAAAUAGAAACCAAUGGUAAGAAAUGUCCAUGUCCUAUUUUCUAACUAUUGACUUUUCUUCGAUAUCCUGUAAAAUUGAGAAAAAUGGAGUUAGCUGAUUUGGGGUUCUAUAAUGAUUUAACAAAUGUUCUACUAAAAAUACUUUAUAUACUAUCAAAUAUUUUUUAAUUAUAUUUGAUAGUGUAAAGUGAUAUGUGCUUUAUGUUACAAAUUAUCAAUUGUUCUCCAACCAUUACCAGGUGUCAAAUAUUUUCCUACAAGUAAUUUAAUAGAAGAUUUUCUAUGAAACCUUCGUUAUUUAGUUGUCAUUUGAUUACAAUUCCAAUUGUAUGGAAUAUCUUGGAAACCUUUGGUAUUGUGGUUUCGUUCAAGGUUAUAGGUUACAAAUCACCAAAUGUUUUUCAAAAAACCUAAAGUAUUAAGCAAGGUUUCAAAUAUAUUCCCCAUUUAAUGGAAAAUGUUGUACAAAAUAUAAAUAUGGAAUAUGGGAGAUAUGCAGUGAUUCAUAAAAUCGAAUCUUUUUUAUUGUUAUUUUAUGAAUGUAGUUUAAUUUUUAGUUGAAAAGUGACUAGUUAGAGUGCGUAGUAGUAGAUGAGAGCUUGCCUUCUCGUCAGUUUUGUACUUUUUAUAUAUAAUGAGAGCCGGUCCCAGUGUCUUAUUCUAGAGACAGGAAUCUCCUCAGUGCCUACUAUGUGACAGCUAUCAACGUUUCCUCAUCGAUACAUUUUUGGGGGCCAAUCAAACCCCUUUUCCCUCACUUUUUUUUAACUGUCUUCUGUUUCAAAUCUUUGCGUCGAAGACCGUGGUUCUCAACGGUACUAGAUUCAGAUUAAUUAUUCAAAUGAUAUGAAUUUUCUCUUGGGAUAAUUUUCUAAUGCACCUGAAGUCAAAUGUUUAAUGCAAAAGUCUAAAGUGCAUUCUAAUAAACAUGAGUCAAAAAUGUUAAGAGAUUCAUCAUCAUGUUUAUAUCAGAUUGGUAAGAUUAUUUUGGAAAGUAUUCUUUUCAAAUACCAGUACAAUCAAUAACUGUAUGGUUGUAUACUUGUUCCAUCUAGCUAAUACCUCGAGCUAAAAAUUGGUAUGUUGAAUUAUCUAGCAAAAUUAAGUUAUUGGUAACUGAUUACCAAGAAAAACUAAUUUCAAAUUUUAUUUGAGUUAAUUCCAUGCUUUUCAAUGAAUUUCUGUUCUGUUGGGUAGCAAAUGAAUACCGUUCUUUCUUAUUGGAGAGUUCAUUCAUUUUCAAUCUGCCAAUGUGUGAAAACUGCCAUAAGAACUAAUGGUAUUGUUUUUCUGACUAGCAGAUUAGAAACUCUUUGGGAACCACAUUCAAAUGAUGACGGUAUUAACAAGUUUCAUACAUAGUUUCGGCUAUCAUUUUUGUACAAUUUACAGGGAAAUUGUUUUUGUUUAUGAAGAUGAAUAAUGUGUUAAAAUUCUUGCAGGCCUAUCGAGAACCGCGGUUUCAAGUUUACAAGGUUUAAGAGUGAUGUGAUGAGUGAGAGCGAAAAUGUUGUGAAUUGGUUGUGAUUUAGUAUGCAUGACGCUGAAAGAAUAAUAUUGUUUGUGUGAGUUUGUAUGAACAUUCUUAUUCCAUUUUCUCAUCACAAUUAUUGCAGUUUUUACAAGCUCAGUAGGUGAGUCUCCUACUGUCGUUGAAAAUCCUAUAUUGAAUAAUAUCAAUCAUCUUUGAAAUAUAAUUUUCAAUUUGGCAGCUAUUAUCAAUUAUUUAUACUAAGUUAAUACAUAAAAAGAUUAAUACAUAAAUGGUAAUACAUAAAUAACGAUACAAGAUGACGCUACCUUAUAUUAAUAAACAAUUAUUUUGUACUUUUAUUUAAUUGAAAAAAAUCAUCUCAUUAAGAAAUUUUUAUAAUUUAAUACUAAAUCUAUACUUGAAAUUAUAAACACAAGAAUGAUAACACAUAAAUUAUAAUACAAGAAAAUACCUUAAAUACAAGAAAGUAGGUACCUUAUAUUUAUAAAAUGAAAAAGAAACUAUCAAUUUGUACAUUUAAUUGCCUAAUUUUUCGGGUUUUUUUAUUAUUUAACAGAGUUGAAUAAUUUAGAAGUAUAGAAAGAGAUUUCAUCAAUCGAUAGGGUAUUAUUACUCGACUUAUUAAAAACGAAUUAUACAUUAAAAAUAUGAGAAUCUUCUAAUAAAAUUAGAGGAUCAAUUCUUGCUGGAUUCAGUAAGUAAAUAACUCAUAACAUUUAAAAAAAUGACUCCAUUUAUUAGGACUAGAGUGAAAGUCCAUUUUAUUUAUGCUUUAAAAAAGGUUUGUUGCAAUUUAAUCACUUGCCCACUAUGAAGUUCAGAGUUUGAUUCUUGAUCUAGGACUGGUAGCUAUUCUUACCAUAGUUUAUUCAUCUUUCACCCCCACUCAAAGCAUACAAUUUUCCAAAUACAGUAGAUAUAUAGGUUGUAUUUUUGCUUUUUUCUUAGAAUGUGAUUGUGAAUAAGUGUGUGAUUAUGAGUGAGAUAUAAUGAGUGUGUGUUCAAAAGAGUGAGUGAGUGAGAGAGUGAUUGUAAUAUUUCCAAGGUAUUUGUUUUCCGUCCAUGUUCCCUCUGUAGAGUUGUGGAUGAGUUGUAUCUAUAAAUUGAAAGUCUCCUUUGAGAGGUAGCAUCUGAAAAGUAUUUAUUAUUUGCAGAGAAAUUUAUGUUUGUAUAAAUGUUUGCGCAGCUUGUGCCUGCUUCAGUUUGUGUGCAGAAAAUUGAUAAAACAUUUUCAACGCAUUAUUCUAUGGGAAUCGCUGAUUUGCUGUCUAAUUCUCUUAAUUUUAUAUAUAAAUAUAUAUGUUGAAAUAAUUAUAAAUUAAUUAAUAAUUAAGUGUGUGGCAUAAUGAACACUUUGCAAUCAUUUGAUCUCUAUUGUGUAGUCAGGUAUUCCCUUAAUCGAUGUGUUUUUGUUUUAUUUUUUAAUAUUUUUUUAUCUUGGAGCAAUUGAAGUUAUACUAUUGAAAAGCAGAGUAAUGAUGAGAAUGAACCAUGGAGCUAGUUCGAAUAGUUUUCUUUUGUCACACUUAAUUAGUUUAUGAUGGCCUUGAAUAGGAUUUCUUAAAUUUCUCAAAUAUUUUUUAUCUUUUCAUAGUAUUUUUUUAAAAUAUUUAUUUAUCUUUACUCCUCGUACCUUUUCAUUCAUCAAACUUUUGAUGAAAAGUGCAAUACUGAUAUUCAAAACUCUACUUCCAUUACCGUACUCUUUUAUAAGAACUUUCAAUACUGAAAAUGUUUUCAAUUGAUCUGUAUGAAUAAUCUUUUUUGUAAAAAUUUGCACUAAUCAAGAUGUUGUCUCAGCAAUAGAUUUUUGUCGAUUUCACUGCAUCUAGAAUUAUUAUAAACAAGUUGAUAGUUUUCCAAACUUUUCCUUAGUUACUAGGUUCUAUUGUAAUUGUUCAGCCUAGUAUACCGUACGAGUUUUCACAAAAUGAAUUUUCACACUGUAUCAUGAAGGUUUGCUUGUUUUCAGUCUCAUUUCACUUAUUGACUAAGCAAUGCUUUCUAUGUGGAAUAUUUUUGCUCUACUUGUAUUCUUUCUUUAAUUUGUUAUGAAUGUUUCCUAAUGACACAUGUAGCAUGUUCUUCAUGUUUGUAUUCAUCAAAAUGAAGUAAUGCGUUGAUAUUACAUUGAAAGAUGUUGCAUUAGUUUUUUAUUGGUAAUUUAAUGUUUUGCAUAUAUUUUUUCAUUAAAAAAAAGAACAAGAUCUCAAAUGUCAAGACAUUGAAAAUCUUCUUGACUCAUUACUCUCAAAACUGCACUAGUUUUUUUAAAGAUUUUUCAUUUUCCCUUCAAAAUUGAACUGAUUUUAUUUUGUGUAGCUAAUUUCGAUUGUAUCAUAAAAAUGUGUAAUUGAAAAUACUUUUCUUAUAGAGAAAAUUUGGAUAUUUGAAAUGUAAAAUUACUAUUAACAAACAUUGGAAAGGAAUUUGUAGAACUGUAUUUAUAGAUGACUGAAAUAUCUUCUGUGAAGAUUAAAACCGUAAUAUCUAUUAAGAAAUAAUCUAUUGUUUAUUAAAUAAAAAGCGAAUUGAUAUAUUGAAAAAUUGGAUGGAACCAAGAAUCUUGAGUAAAUAAGGAAUCUGUUGAAAAUAUUAUAUUAUUGAAUUUUUGUUAAUGUAAAUGAUGGACAAUAGUACAGUAUAGUGAGAAACACGUUCUCAAGUCAGCAUUUGAAUCAAUCUCAAUAUGAAAUAUUCAAUUCCAAUAAUUAUGAGAAUCUAUCAUUAAAUUAUAAAGAUAUAUUUAUUGAUGAAUAUAAUGUAUUUUAGGUUUAAUUUAUCGUUAUUUACAUGAAUCAACAUUAAUAUUAGAUUUGAUAAAGUGGAAUAUUGUCAAUCGCAGCUAUCUACUAUGGAAAGGGAAAGUGACAACAUCGCCUCCCUAUCAUUUCCUCUGACUUUGAAACGUGAAUCUCACAUUGGAAAAAUUAUUUCAUAUUUUAUCAAAGAUUUUACACUAACUUAUAGGAAAAUUAAUAUUGAAAACUUGUUUGAUUGUUCUCAUAAUAAUAUGUUCUCUAACAUAAUAUGAAGAAUAAUUUAUGUUCAAUUGGGUAAGAUACUCUCUUACAGUACAAUAUCUCAUGCAAUUCAAGAAUCAGUUUUCUAUUACUGAUGUAUUUUUUGUAUUACUAAAAAUUUUGAUCUGCAUAAGCCUUGUCAAUAUUGUAGCCUACAAGCUAUGUGCUAUACAUUCUCUCCAAUAGUUUAUUGUAUCGUGUAAAUGGGAAUAAUUUUUCAAAGCGAGAAUCAUUGUAUAGUUUGCAAUCAAAUACCAUAUGGUACAAAUAACCGUAUUACAUUAUUGAUCUCAAUUGCUUGAAUUCUUCAAAUUAUCCUGCCAUUAUUGAUACAAGAAUAUUAUGGUUUAUUUCAAUAUCAUUAAGAUUAGCAAAAUCUUGGUUAAAUAGUAUCUAAGGAGAAACUACUUCAAUUGGGAAAACUCAAGUUCCAUCCAUUUUUAUUGUAUCAAUAUUAUCAAGAUGAAAAUAAUUGUGAAGAUUAGGCCAUAUCUUGCUGCCAUAUCAAAAAAAUUUAAUAAUUGUUGAAUAAUAUUGAUACUGAAUUUUGUAUACAAACCAGUUGCUAGAACUUUGUUUUUAAUUCAUCUUUUGUUUUUUACGUAGAGUUUAUUUUCAAUUUUUACACAACCGCUGUUGGGCGUUCAUCUCUGUAACUUUUAUAAAUGUAUAUUUUCCAAGCGCUAAGAUAAAUUGGAUAGAUUUAUGAUGAUGAUGAUAAUAACUUUAUUGAUAGUAAAGAAAACUAUGAUAAUCUAAUAUUGUAUAUACAGUAUAUAUUAUAAAUAUAUCAAUUUUUAUUAUGUAAUUGAAAAGUGAUGAAAUAUAUAUUUUUUUCUGAUAA